AUGGCACCGUCACCCAUCAUCCAGGCAACGCUGCAGUCUUCCCUCUUGGCAGCCUUGUCCAAUAUCCUCGCGCAAGCCAUCACCGCAUACCGAAACAACGAAGCCGUGACCAUAGACUGGGUGCCCGUGUUCCAAUAUGUCCUCUUCGCCGUGGUGAGCACGCCGCCAAACUUUCUCUGGCAAGACUUUCUCGAGUCAACAUUUCCCGCACACCCCUCCUCCAACCCCCCCUCAAACUCCAAGAAAUCCCCAUCAUCAUCAUCAUCAUCAUCAUCAUCACAGCCUCCUCCUCCUCCCAAACUCUCCCUCGUCAACACAACCAUCAAGUUCCUCCUCGACCAGACCGUCGGCGCCGCCCUCAACACCCUCCUCUUCAGCACCUUCACCCACUCCCUGCGCCAGGCCAUGGUCCACGCCCCGCGCAUCACCAGCCUGCCCUCCGCUGCAAAGUACUGGUCCAGCGCCGGCGCCGUCGACUUCAGCCGCGUCGACUUUGGAACCGUCUGGGCUGCCGCAAAGGCCGAGUUUUGGACCCUCAUGUUUGCCGCCGCCAAGCUCUGGCCGGCCGUGUCGCUCGUCAACUUUACGCUUGUCAAGUCUGUGCAGGGGAGGAAUCUGGUGGGUGCGUUGGCGGGAGUUGCGUGGGGGGUGUAUAUCUCGUUGGCCAUGGGGAACUGA